CAAUAUCCGCAUUUUACAAAAUGUUCAACUACUAGUUAAUUGAAAACACUAAUUUGUCGUCGACGAAAAGUAGUGUGCACAAGUCUGCCGGAAAUAGAUGUGUAUUUUGUGGAAUUCUUACGAAAGAAAGUACAGCAACUAUGGCAAGCUCUAACCAAAACAAAGGUCACUUCCAUAUGUAUAAGAACAAGGCGUUGGGAUUGGAUGAACUGCGCAAACGACGAGAGGAAGAAGGAGUUCAGCUUCGAAAGCAGAAGCGGGAAGAGCAGAUUUUCAAGAGACGGAAUGUUGAUAUUCUACUUGAGAAUGAGUCAUCUCAUCAAGAUAGCCUUAUCACCUCUACACAGGGCUUUGUCAGUCCAGAUAUGGUUCAAGCUUUGAUGAGUGAUGAUGUCACCCAACAACUUGCCGCUACACAAAAGUUUAGAAAAUUGCUCUCAAAAGAACCCAAUCCGCCCAUAGAUGAAGUCAUUCACACAGGAAUUGUACCAAGAUUUGUUGAGUUUCUACAAAAUGAUAGCAACAGCACGCUACAAUUUGAAGCUGCAUGGGUUCUAACUAAUAUAGCAUCAGGUACAUCCCUACAGACACGCUGUGUUAUAGAGGCUGGAGCUGUCCCAUUGUUUAUCCAGUUGCUCAACUCAGACUUUGAAGAUGUUCAAGAACAGGCUGUAUGGGCUCUUGGUAACAUUGCAGGAGAUAGUCCAGACUGCAGAGACUUUGUUAUUGAUAGUGGAAUCAUUAUGCCAUUAUUACAAUUACUUGCAAAAUCCAACAAAUUAUCGAUGACAAGGAAUGCUGUAUGGGCCUUGUCCAAUUUAUGUAGAGGAAAGAACCCACCACCAACCUUUGAUAAGGUAAAGACCUGCCUACCAGUAUUAUCCCGUCUAUUAUUCCAUAAUGAUCAAGAUGUAUUAGCAGAUGCUUGUUGGGCUUUAUCGUAUCUGUCUGAUGGUCCUAAUGAGAAGAUUCAAGCUGUCAUAGACAGUGGAGUAUGCAGGAGACUAGUAGAGCUACUCAUGAAUGCGUCUCAGAGUGUUGUAUCUGCUGCCCUCAGAGCUGUAGGAAAUAUCGUCACAGGAGAUGACAUUCAAACACAGAUAAUCCUGAAUUGUUCAGCUCUACCGUACCUCAUGCACCUACUGAGUAGCCCUAAGGAAUCUAUUAGGAAAGAAGCUUGCUGGACUAUCUCAAAUAUCACCGCUGGAAAUAGACAACAGAUACAGUCCGUCAUUGAUGCUAAUAUCAUCCCAGCUCUAGUAGAUGUUCUUGGAAAGGCUGAAUUCAAGACAAGAAAAGAAGCUGCCUGGGCCAUCACAAAUGCUACCUCUGGUGGUGGCGCUGAACAGAUCAGAUUUAUUGUUGAACACAACUGCAUUCCACCGCUGUGUGAUCUACUGACAGUGAUGGAUCCUAAGAUUGUUCAGGUAGCCUUGAAUGGUCUGGAUAAUAUCUUAAAGCUUGGUGAGCAAGAUGCCAAGACUAUGGGAGCACAGAACCAAUAUGCUCUCAUUGUUGAGCAGUGUGGAGGCAUUGAUAAGAUAGAGUUCCUACAAUCGCAUGAGAAUCAAGAUAUCUACCAGAAGGCCUUUGAUAUCAUUGAUCGUUACUUCAGUAGUGGAGAAGAAGACACCAAACUGGCCCCUAAGAUUGAUGAGAAUGCUCAAGUCUUUGAAUUUGCUGCUCAAGAGAACAUAGAUGACUUCCAGUUUUGAAGAGACACGGAGACGCCUUAAGUCACGAGUGGCGCUAAAUGAUUUAUGAGAUGGGGUAAUGUAUAAGCUGAACUGUGUACGAUGGAGUUGUGAAAAGCAGAUUUAUCCUCCAAUGUUAAUUCUAUGGACAUAUUUUGAGCUCUCUGUUCAGCAGAAAGUCCCAGCAAACAGUUCCUCCCGAACUCCUGCCUCGGCACUAUUUCAUAAAGCUGCCAAGUUUCAUAAGCACAGACAAAUCUUACUUGGCAGAAACAAGUUGCCAACCAUGCAGUGUUAACUGCUGCUCACUAAAAUCCCCUGCCUAAGAUCUGCUUAGGAAAUGAUUGACAAGUAACUUGAACCAUGCCGCAGCUUUAUAAAAUAAGUGUCAUCGAAAACACAAUCAUCCCCCCCCCCAUGUUUAGCCGGUUUGUAUCCCGCAUGCGAGAGAGUUCUGUGUUGGUUACAUCAUGGAGGUAACUAGUUGCUGACUUCAUAUGUAGGCCAUUUCCAACUUAUCAUUGAUGGGUAAAUGUGAUGAAAACCAGAAGAAAAUGUGAAAGCUUGGUGUGGAUAGGUACAAGUAUGAUAGCUAGACCUCUCAAGUUGUCGGCCCAGCUGGUGUAUCAACAAGUAUAACUAGCUUAAAGUCCCAAGGGAAGGAGAUUGUAUGUGAGAUUAGUGCGUUGGAGAUAGAGUUGUAUGUGAGUGUAUUGUGUGGUGAUUUCUAUCUGUUUGAAAGACAAUAAUAAGAUAUAAGUCAAUACUAAGCAUCCUUUUUUUCAUCUUGCUCUCCCCAAAUAAGAACAAUGAGCUUCACCAGAUUUUUACUAUAAUUAAAAAACUUCAUUUUACUGAGGAGAACUAUUUGAAAUGAAGGAUGAUGGUUUUUAAUAGAAAUUCCACCAAUAAAUCUGAUUUGGUUUUUUGUGUGCGUUAUCGUGACUUAAAACCUUUGAAAUAAUAAGAAACAAUGAUUCACAAAAUGCUGCUGUAUAAGCCAUCUUCGGAUUUCUUCCUUUAUGCAUAACAGAAAAAUUAAAAUCUUAAACAAAUAUAUAAAAAGAAUGGAAGUGGUGAAGAUUUUGCUACAAAAUAUUAAGAAUUGAAAUAUGUGAUAAGGGAGAUGUUAUAAAAAAGUAGGGGGUGCAACAUGGGUGUAAGCAGAGCCAUUUAUUGACAGGGUUGCAACAACUUAAUAACAAAGCUCUGGGUUUUAGGUAAAUUUCAUAGAAAGUAUGACACCUGUCAUUCAAUCAAUUUAGAACAAUAGUGGUUAAGUGUACAUAUGCACAGAACCAGUCCCAGGAAAUGACGUUGCAUAGUAUUUUGGCUGGUAACCUUUUGCUUGGCCCAUUUCCGGGUAGUUCUUGUAAUGCAACAAAGGUUUGGUUUACAAAUCAGAGGAAUCCGUUUGAUGCUUUUAGUCUGCCUUAAUAUCAAACUCAAUUACUGCUGUUUUUGAAUGAUUCAUAUACAUUGUAACUACAAUUAAAAUAAAAUAAAAUAAAAUUGCAAUUUCGACUACAUUUUUUUAUGUGAACUUACAAAAUGUAAUGUGCCACACACUUUGAACACCCUCAUUUAACCCUCCUGCUAUUGGUACCAUUAUUCAAUCUGUCUUAUGUUGAUAGCUGAUCAUGGUUUCAUGUAAAUGGUUGUGGAAUCAACGAAGCACAAUUAAAUAUACCAUGUUGUACCUACCUUAUAAAGGCACUGGACACUAUUGGUAAUUACUCAAAAUAAUUGUUAUCAUAAAAACUUACUUGGUAACGAGCAAU